AUGUUCCAGACCUUAAAGAAAAAUGUUUGGACUCCAUUGAAGCCAUACUAUACCCAGGUUUACCAGGAGAUCUGGGUAGAUAUGAGCGUGAUGGGGUACAUUGUUUACAAAAUCAGAAGUGCUGAUAAAAAAGCCAAAGUUUUGAAAGGUUCGGGUUCAGCUGCUUCAGCUCAUGGACAUCAUUAACAGGAUUUACCUUAGG